AUGAUUGGGCAGCUUCUCAAUGCGACACAAGCACACUCGGACGCAGAGUGGAUGAUCGAGGAUGCAGAGAUUGGCCAGGUAACAGUCGUUGCCUCGGUUAUCACAAUUAAGAAUCAAGCCACAAAUUGUGUAUACUGGAUCGACGACGGCAGUGGCCGCGUUGAAGCGCGCCACUGGGUCGAUUCUGCAAACGAGGAGGAUAGCGAGCGAUGGGGAUCCAUCACUGAGGGUGCUUACAUCCGCGUAAUGGGCGGGUUGAAGAUGUUUGGGAACAAGCGAUACAUUAACGCGCAGCACAUUCGGCCAGUCAAAGAUCACCAUGAGUUCCUCUUCCAUACAUUAGAGGCCAUGACAGUGACGAGGAUCUUCGAAAAAGGACCGCCUCCACGACCAAGUGAUGCGGGAAAAGACCCAAGAGCAGUUGCUGGCGGUAGUGUGACGGGUCCUUCGGCGUAUACUGCGCAAUCAAAUACAGCGAGCUCUACUGACCAAUACGCUCACCUCCCGCCCCUGCAGCGCCGGAUCGCCGAGUUCAUGCUUAGCCGGCCACCAGCGGAUGAGGGCAUUCACGUUGGGGCGAUUGCAAGAUCCGUUGGCGGUGACGCGCGAGCUAUUAGCGAGGCGCUGGACAAGCUCAUGGACGACGGCUAUGUGUUCACUACGAUCGACGAUUCACAUUUCCAGCUCUCGGUGUGA